AUGUCUUCAAAAUUCCCUAAGUCUCUGCAAUUUUCUUUAACUUCUUGUCUAUUUCUUUCUUAUAUUCAAAGUAAGAAUAACCUUUCUAAAUUAUUUCUUCUUCUUCUUCUUCUUCUUCUUCUUCUUCUUUGGUGCCUUUUUUGCUUGUUUGUCUUUAUUAUCAGUUCUCUUAUCUCAGCAGAAAUAAUAAUAGCCUUCCUAUCUAUCUAUCUAUCUAUCUAUCUAUCUAUCUUAUCUUUUCAUAUCUAUCUAUCUAUCUAUCUUAGUCAUUUCAUAUCUAUCUAUCUAUCUAUCUAUCUAUCUAUCUAUCUAUCUAAAUUGUUUAAAUUAAUGCAUAUCUAUCUAUCUAUCUAUUCAUAUCUAUCUAUCUCUAUCUAUCUUAGUCUUUUUUCAUAUCUAUCUAUCUAUCUUAGUCUUUUCUAUCAUCUAUCUAUCUAUCUAUCUAUUUAUCUAUCUAUCUAUCUAUUUAAAGAUUUCAUAUCUUCUAAAUCUAUCUAUGCAUAUCUAUCUAUCUAUUUAUCUAUCUAUCUCUAUCUAAAGAUUCUAAUCAAUCAACUGAGAAAUUUUACUUCUACUUCUGGCAAUCUAAAUAUCUACUUACCUGUGCUGUUUAAAAUCACCUUUCUUUCUUUCUUUCUUUCUUUCUUUCUUUCUUUCUUUCUUUCUUUCUUUCUUUCUUUUACUUUCUUAUUUUCUUUACAUCUAGGCAAACCCUAUAAGCAAAUUGUCUUCCCACGUUUUUUUCAAACUAGCCAAGGAAAACAUUACUCCUCAUAUUAUCUAUCUUUCUUUUCUUCUUUUUUCUUUCUUUCUUUCUUUCUUUCUUUCUUUCAACACUCUUUCUUUCUUCCAACACUUACUUACUUACUUUCUUUCUUUCUUUCUUUCUUUCUUUCUUUCUUUCAACACUUUCUUUCAACACUUUCUUUCUUUCAACACUUUCUUUCUUUCUUUCUUUCUUUCUUUCUUUCUUUCUUUCAACACUUUCUUUCUUUUUUCUUUCAUUCUUUACAUUUCUUUAUUUUGAUACUUUUCUUUCUUUCUUUCCUUUUUUUCUUUCUUUUAUGCUUCUAUUCCUCUUCUUUCUUUUCAUUUGUUCUUUCUCUUAAAUUUUUCUUUCUUUUUCUUUAUUCUUUUACUCUUUCUUUCUUUCCUUCUUUCUUUUAUGCUUCCAUUACUCAGUUUUUUAAUUUUUUCUUUCUUUGUUUUACUUUUUUCUUUUCCUUUAUUCUUUUACUCUUUCUUUCUUUCUUUCUUUCUUUCUUUUUUCUUCUUUUCUUUUAUGCUUUCAUUACUCCUUCUUUGUUGCUUUUCAUUUUUUCUCUUCUUUGUUUUACUUUUAUUUAUUUUUAUUUCUUCCUUUCUUUCUUUCUUUCUUUCUUUCUUUCUUUCUUUUUUCUUUCUUUCUUUCUUUCCAGCCAUGCAGUUUACUACUUGACUUCCUUUCUUUCCCUACUUACCAAAUUCUUUCAUUCCUUCUUUCCACAUUAUUUCCUUAUUUUUCAGCUGAUUUUUACAAAGAUAUCGUUUUACUGUUUAUGA